CCGGGAGUUUUGCCUUCCGACUUUAUUAGGUUUAGCCGUUUAGGUGUGUAUCUUGUAGAGAAAGUGGGAGAAAUUUUAGAGGAAGGAGUUACAGAUACAGAAAGAGGAAAAUAUGGGAUCGUUUUUUUCAUCAUUGGUUACUCCGCCUCCUGGUUCAAUUUCUGAGUCUUCAAGAGUCCAAGCUUUUCACUCUUCAAGUGAAUGGAAAAUUCACUUCAACUCUGUCAAAGGCUCUAAUCAACUGAUGGUGAUUGAUUUCACUGCAACUUGGUGUGGACCGUGUAAAUUCAUGGCACCAGUCUUCAGUGAAUUGUCUGAGAGAUUCCCAGACGCCAUCUUCGUCAAAAUCGAUGUUGAUGAAUUACCAGAUGUAUCGAGAGAAUUUGGGGUACAAGCUAUGCCAACCUUUAUUCUAUUGAAACAAGGUAAAGAAGUUGAUAAGAUUGUUGGAGCUAAAAAAGAUGAACUUGAAAAGAAGGUUGCAUUGCACUGUCAAAACUAAGAUCUAAUCGGAAAAAUUAGGUCAAAUAAGAAAAGAAAGAAAUCUUGGGGUCUGUUUUUAUUUGUUUCAUUCCUUGAAACGUAAUUGUAUUGGUACUAUUACAGUAUGGUUCGUUAUCUUUAAUUUGAUCAAUGAAAGUUUUCUUUCAGGAUUCCAAAA